AUCGGAUAUCCUUAGAUCGUUCAUAAAUAAUUUAAAAUUAUAUCAUAGAAAUUUUCUUUUAAAAAGGUUUAAGUAUUUGUGUAUCCAAUAACAGUUUAUAUAAAUAUAAUAAUUGAAAUACUCAUCUUUAAGAUAGUUUAAAUGUAUUCAAUAAACAAAGUUACUCAUUUGGAAUCUCAUGAUACAACAUACCCAGCAGAUUCUGUAGAAUGGUGCCCUAUAAAAGAUUAUCAUCAUGUACUUGUUUGUGGUACUUACAAACUUGACGAAGAAAAAAAAAUUAAAACAGGAUCUAUAAAUUUAUACACUUUAGAAAAUCAAAUAACAAUUAAAUUAGUUCAAUGUAUAUUAGAUGAUGCUGUAUUGGAUUUGAAAUGGAACUAUAGUUUGUUCUCAGGAAAAAUACUAUUAGCUGCAGCGUUGUCUGGGAAUCAUAUCACCAUUUAUAGUUUAGAAGAAAUGAAUACUGGAUUAAGGUUGAAAGUAUUUACGACCUUCAAUACUCCAGCUACUAAUAAUGAACCACACAUGAGUUUAUCUAUAGCUUGGUCAAAAAUGAAUGAUUCAUUCAAUCUUGCUAUCAGCGAUUCUCAUGGAUUUAUUACCUUGGUAAAUAUAACUAAUGGAACAAUUUACAGCUUUAGUGCACAUAAUUAUGAGUCAUGGAUUGUGGCUUAUGAUUUCUGGAAUUCUAAUUUAUUGUAUACAGGUGGUGAUGAUUCUAAAUUCAAAUGUUAUGAUAAACGUAAUAAUUUUGAAAAACCUGUGUUUGUUAAUAAUGAACACAGUCAAGGAGUUACAACAUGUACAUCUAACAUGCUUAGAGAAAAUGUUUUAACUACAGGAAGUUAUGAUGAGAAUGUGAGGCUAUGGGACACACGUAAUAUGAAACAUAGCUACAAAAACACCAAGGUAGGAGGAGGUGUUUGGAGAUUAAAAUGGGAAUCAUCAACACAAGAGUAUCUAUUAAGUGCUUCAAUGUUCAAUGGAGCACAUAUAAUUAACACUUUUAAUAUGUCAGCAAAUAUUUGUCAAUCAUUUGGGGAAAAAGAAAAAAGGCUUUUCUAUGGAGCAGAUUGGUGUUUUUUGUCUAUUGAUACCCCUGAUAUAUGUGAAAAAAAAAAUAGUAGAAUAAUUAGUAUGUGUUCAUUUUAUGACCAUAAACUAGAUUUAUUUCUUGUCAAUUAAUAAUUUAACUUAGUUUUUGAAUUAAGUUAUUACCUGGUAUAUUACAAUAGUUUAAUAUUUGUAAUAUUAAAAAUGAAUUAACAUAAUGAUUCAAUCAAUAUUAAAAGUUAAUAAUAUACAUACAAUCAAUAUAAAUCAAUUUUGUAUAUGUUAUAAAAUAACAGAAAAAAAAUCUGACAUUUUAUUUUAAUAAGUGCAACAAAUUAAAAUAUUAGUUAAGGAAAGAAAUUAAAAAUCAAUAAUUUUACAUAAUUCCUUAAUUUAUUGAAUAUUGUAAAACUAAAGAAAUUCAUCACACCAAGCCUUAAGACAGGCAUGACAAUCUUUAGAUUGUUUCGAAUUUGCCUUUAUUAUAUCUUUUAACCAAUCACAAAAUAAUUCUUGAUCCAUUUGUAAAAGUAGAAAUUGACCCAAAACAUUGUAUGCCUAAAAUAGAUUUAAAUUUAAUAUUUCAACAUUUAAUGAUAUGUUAAAAGUAUUUUAACAUUAGAACAUCAAAAAAAAAGUCCAAAAUACCUAAAGAUAAACAUAAAAUUACUCGUGUGUCACCUUCGUUUUUUAUUCUAUCUUUUUAUUUUACAGGUGUUAAUAAUUAUAUUUAUACAAGCAGCACAAAUAUUAGAUACUGAAUGUUUCUUAAAAUAAUAAUUAUUUUUAAAAUUUUUGUUAAUUAUAUUUUUUGUUAUAUAUUUAAUAUAGAUUUAUCAAUUAUUAA